AUGGACAGCUUAAAAGUCGCCAAUAAUUCGAACGAAAUGUACUCCAACCCAAAUUGCUUCAAGCCGCGUAACAACGAUGUGGGAAGAAACACACGAUUUCAUAUACUGUUUACGGCAACGUAUGGUCUCAACAACUCUCAUACGAAGACGAUUUAUGUGGGUCUGCAAAGAACGAACGAAGGAAUCUUCAAGCCUCUCGUAAAAUUGAGCGGAAACAGUGCUGACGGUAUUUAUUUCGACGCCGAGAGUUGGAAACAGUUUCAAGACAACAUGUGCUACAUGAACGAAUAUUUAACUAGUGAUAACCGAACGAAAACGAAUUCUGUUACCAUAAAAAAUAUCUCUAUCAGUUUUACCACAUCUUACGGUGCGAAAUCAAUAUUAUUGGCGUAUAAAGAUGAAGAAGAGGAACUUCGUUCUAUGGAAAAUAUCAGCGGGAAUCUCCGAAAAGAAGAGGUGUUUGUAGUGACGCACUCGUUAGAUGAAUUAUUAACGGCAGCUAGCGCAAAAUUUGAAAUAACUGCAAAGAGAAUUUUUACGUCGCAAGGUGGUGAAAUUGAUGAUAUUAAACUCAUUAGAGAUGAUGACAUUUUAUAUGUUUCAAAUGGGGAAAAUUUUAUACAUGCAAAUAAAAUUUUGAGCUAUAAUCAACUAAACAAGAAUUGGGAAUGGAUUACACUGAAUGUUGGAGGAAAAUAUUUUACCACAACUAGGAAUACUUUAACCAAGAAGGAACCUAUGAGUAUGUUAGCAAGAAUGUUUACAGAAACUGGAAUUAGUGAGCAUGCUAUACAACCAAGUAGACAGGAUCAUAGUGGAGCAUAUCUAAUUGAUAGAAGUCCUACUUAUUUUGAACCAUUGUUAAAUUACUUGAGACAUGGUCAAAUAAUACUUGAUUCUAAUGUUAAUGUAGCUGGAGUUUUAGCAGAAGCUUGUUUUUAUGGCAUUGAAGGCGCUAUUCGGAUCCUUACUACAAUGUUAGAAAAAGAAGAACUGCAAAAGGAAGGUCUCGUGUCUCUAACUCGCAAAGAUGUACUUAAAGCAAUUAUGUCUACACCAACUAACGCAGAACUUAGAUUCCAAGGAGUUGAUUUUGUAAAAGCCGAUCUUUCGAAAUUAGAUCUUAGAAAUAUUAACUUUAAGUACGCCAUUAUGCAUCACUGUAGUCUGGCAGGUGCUAAUCUAUCAGGAUGCUGCUUUGAGCGCGCUGAUUUAUCCCAUUCCAAUUUGCAAGGCGCACAACUUGUGUGCGUAAAAAUGUCAUGUGCAAAUCUAGCUGCAGCCAAUCUGCAUUCGUGUAAUUUUGAAGAUCCUGGGGGUCUGCCAGCAAAUAUGGAAGGUGUAAAUUUGAAAGGUGCAAAUCUUGAAGGCAGUAACAUGGCAGCCGUCAACCUCCGAGUAGCUACAUUAAAAAAUGCUAUUCUUAGGAAUUGCAUUUUGAGAUCAGCUGUUUUAGCCGGUGCCGAUUUAGAGUGCUGUGAUUUAUCUGGUUCUGAUCUACAAGAUGCAAAUUUACGCGGUGCAAAUUUAAAAGAUGCUGCUUUUGAGUUAAUGUUGACGCCACUGCAUAUGUCUCAGACAAUACGAUAACAAUGAAUGUCAUGCUGCAUGUAUUACUGCAGCUUAAAUUCAGUAAUUUUUAUAUAAUUUAUAUUAACUUAUCUGUGAGUAUAUGUGUGUGCGUGAAUGCGGUAAUGUUGUAGGCCGGAGAAUCUCGAGAAUCAUAAAUACAUACUUAUACCAUAAAAAGAUGGUAUGUUUACUCGA